GCUGCAGAGCAAACUCAAAGCUACAGGAGAACUAUCCAGCGCUCUGCCUUUGUUGGGACACGGCUCAUUGUCCCCCCCCGGAGGUGUGCAGUUGUGUUUGUGUGUGUACCGCACGCACACCUGUGGAUGUACAUUUGAGCAUGCUUGCUGCCUGGUAUAAAUAGCGUGGGAUGCGUACCGACCGGUGAUUCUGUGGAAGACGAUGGCUGUGCCAGGACCCCCUCCGCGCCUCCUGCCUCUGUUGCUGCUGCUGCUCUUGGGCAAGGCAUCUCUGCCUGCAGCCGCAUACACGCUCAAUGCAGGACGGCAGCCGCAGCACAAAGUCCUCCAUCUGGAUUGGCCAAGGGAUUGUGGAAUGUCCCACUUCAAGCCCAACAUGGCUGAGAGGAUUGUGUCUGGGAAUGAGGCUCGACCUCACUCCUGGCCCUGGCAGGUCUCUUUACAGGUCCGUCCGAGAGGGAGCAAACACUAUAUUCACGUCUGUGGAGGAACUCUCAUCCAUAGGAGCUGGAUCCUUACGGCUGCUCACUGCUUCCAGAAGGGUAAAGCAGAGGAUGCUGGGAGUUGGAGGAUUGUCUUAGGGAAGCACCAGCUGAAGCGCUCCGAGACCGCAGAGAGGAUUUUCCCCGUCAAGAGGAUCUACAGGCACGAGAACUUCAGGUAUCCCGCUCACAGCGAGCUGGACUACGACAUCGCCCUGGUGAAGGCUGGCACAGAAAUCCUGCCCUCAAAGUUCAUCCGCUACGCCUGCCUGCCGCGCAAGCAGACCAACCUGAGGCCGGGACACUACUGCUGGGUCACCGGCUGGGGAGACACCCGCGGUGGGAAGGAGAACGUGUCUCUGGCUGAAUCCCUGAAUCAAGCCCGUCUGCCCAUCAUCGACUUCAAGACCUGCAGGCAGAAGAAAUUCUGGGGCGACCGCGUCCGAGACUCGAUGAUCUGCGCCGGUUUCAGGGACACGGAGGACCCUCCUGCUGCGUGCCAGGGCGACUCUGGCGGCCCCCUGCUGUGCCAGCUGGACCGGGACCGCUGGGAGGUGCACGGUGUGGUCAGCUUUGGCCCCAUUGGCUGCACCGUGGAGAACAAACCCAGCGUCUUCACCCGCACCGUCGCCUACAUCCCCUGGAUCGAGGCGACGCGCAUCAGGGACUUCUUCCUACACUGAGCAAGCGCCACCUCGGCUGUUUUUCGGGAACUCGUAGCCACAGUCCAGGUCCAAGGCAAACGCUUCCACGUCUGCACGUGCGCCAACAGCUCUCCGGCUGACUGCCCGCUCUUUGCACUUCUCCCGAGGAAAACUGCGUCUCAUAAUGACCCUCACAUCCAUUUCACUUUUGCUUAUCGAGUGUGUUAAAAGGAAAAUGAUCAUUACUAUUUUUUAUUUGACUUAUGUUGAUGAUACAGAGGGUUUGAUGGAGACAAAUGAACAGUAAGCACUUCCAGUACAGCUUUACAGUAACUUCUUCUGGCAACGUCCAACAGCACGCACUGCAGGUUAUGUUUCAAUAAAUAGAAGAAUCAACAGACCGGAAAGGUUUUGCUCUGUUUUUGCAGGUCUAAAAAAAAGUCUUUCAGUCCAACUCCAGAAUCCACAGCUGGUUAACACCACAUCAGAUGU